AUGUCAACUCUCCAAGAAAUCACCUCUGAAUCCGAGUUCGCUCAGCACCUCGCCUCCCUUCCCCCAUCAGCCCUUCUAGUUCUCUCAUUUUACACACCCUGGGCCGCACCAUGCACUCAAAUGCGCACAAUCCUCAACACCCUCGCCGGCGGAUACCCAGUUACUUCGCCACCCAAUAUCUCCUUCGUUAGUGUAAACGCCGAAGAACUACCGGAUAUCUCAGAAGAAUACGAUGUCACCGCCGUCCCAUUCUUGGUCCUGAUUCGCAACAAGAAGGUCCUUGAAUCAAUAAGCGGAAGUGAUGCCGUCAAGGUCCGCGAUGCAAUUGAGCGUCAUGCCGGUCAGGCUACUUCAACAGUUCCGGGGUCGAAAUCGACUAUUCCACCCGUUCUUACCGCAACACCCCGCGAGCCUGCUGUUUCAGGAGCAGCUACAGACAUUCCCACCGCUGGUGCUGGCGCUGACCCAGCUGCCGCCGCACCCUCCGUAGCCGCCGCCACAGCAGCACCCGCCGCCUCCGCCGAAGAAACCAAAGAAGCCCUCUUUGCGCGUCUCGCCGAGCUCGUCAAAGCCGCUCCAGUCAUGCUCUUCAUGAAAGGUACGCCGAGCGCACCUGAAUGCGGGUUCAGCCGUCAGCUUGUGGGAAUACUGCGCGAGAAUGGAGUCAAAUAUGGAUUUUUCAAUAUUUUGGCGGAUGAGGAUGUGCGCCAGGGAUUAAAGGAGUUUGCAGACUGGCCUACAUUCCCGCAGUUGUGGGUUCAAGGUGAGCUUGUUGGAGGUUUGGAUAUUGUCAAGGAGGAAAUCAGCGCCGAUCCUGAUUUCUUGAAGGCUUAUGCUGUUCAGCGGCCGACUGCUACGGCUUAG